CUGUAUUGCUAAAAUCUGCUCUAAAGCGGCCCAGUAAAGGCAUAUUACGAGUUCUUUUUUUCUAUAACGUUGUACUAUUUCCCAGUUUGUUGCAGUCAUGAAUAACCAGUCCAUAAAAUCUAACUCACAAUAAGCAUUAACUUAUUUAAAACGCGAUUAUAAUUUGCAUUUACACUGCUAAAAUAAUUUACACCUAUUGGCUGAAAAUGCUGUUUAAAUAACUCGGACCUGUUCUGUUCAACCAAUGCAUUGAAAAGAUCCGACUCAAAAGAACAAUUCGUUCAGGAUUCGGAUAACGUAGUAGAUGUUCACACGUGCUAAGGCGCUGCGUGGGUCGAAAUAGUACAAGAGAUGGCAUUCAGUUUCAACUUCGAUGUUCCUUUACAGACAGACGAAACAAACGAUAAAGAAAACAAAGACGACAAAGCAAAAGAAGGGAAUCUUAAGUGCUCGGACGUUAGUGCAACCGUCCCAAAGAAGAUUAAGGAUGCUGUGGAACACCAACCUUUGUUGGAUCCUCUGUCCCAAAUUGAGAACUGGGUGCCUGAAACCAUCACAAUAGGUGCCCUGCCUCCCCUGCUCUGUCUCAAUGAAUCAGUGUUUGAGAAGACUGCUCCUGAACGAGAGGACAGUGAGGAGAUACUGGCCAAAACACUGACUCAAAACUCAGACCUCAUCUCUGGAGUCUAUGAGGGUGGGCUUAAGAUAUGGGAAUGCACUUAUGAUCUACUUGAGUACAUUGAUGAUGAAGGAGAGACCUUCGCUGGGAAAAGAGUAUUAGACUUAGGCUGUGGAGCAGGUCUACUUGGCAUACUUGCAUUGAAGAGAGGAGCCAGCAAAGUUGACUUCCAGGAUUAUAACAGCACUGUGAUAGAGCAGUUAACAGUGCCAAAUGUUUUUCUCAAUUGUGAAGAUGAUGAAGAAAAUGAAGAGACAAAUAGCAGCCCACCGUGUAAGAGAAAAGCCCUGAAUGCAACAGAGAAAUUACUAGAUCGUUGUGGUUUCUUCUCAGGCGACUGGAACUCUUUUCUCACACUUGUGCAAAAUAAAACCCCAUCACCAAAAUAUGACAUUAUCUUCACAUCAGAAACCAUAUAUAACACAGACUACUACUCUUCACUUCAUAAUGUGUUUUGUGACCUGCUUGAUGAGAAUGGUAUUGUUUAUUUGGCAACCAAAUCGCACUAUUUUGGAGUAGGAGGUGGCCUUCAUCUGUUUGAGACGUUUGUGGAGCAGAAUAACGUCUUUCAGAUCAGAUAUUUGAAGGAUGUGGAACAAGGCCUUAAGAGACAUGUCAUAUCAUUGACAUUCAAAAAGUGACAUUCAAAUUGUAUUGGUGGUAAAUAUUAAUGUGCCUAUGCAAUUAUGGUGCAAGUUAACAUAAAAUAAUGGAUGCAUAUUCUUUUUAGGCCAAAUGGAUGGUUAUGAGAUCCUAAAUUGUGCUUGGUGUAAAUAACUAAUGUUAAAACAGCAAGAGCAUCAUUAC